GAGAUUUAGGGAGAUGCACAGGUGGUGCACAGAUUGGGAAGUGGCAGUUGUUUUAGAAUAAACACAGAGGGAAGUCUGAGGUGAGGUGGAGCGUUGCUGGCUGCACAGACUCACUGCUAUUCAGGGACAGGUUGGACUGGUUUCUCCCUCCACCAUACCCGUGUUUCCCCCGCUCUCUCGCUCAUUUAUACCAGCACAGAGGGAGGAAGAAGUGACCCAGAUAAAGUGGCUGUGGAAAGAGUAAAAGGGUUCUCUGUACAUUUCAACAUUUGGCCCAGAGAGGAAUUACAACAUGCCUGAGGAAGGAGAAGGAGAAUUUUAUGGAAAGAAUGGCGAGCCCAGGAAGUAUGACCCGACCUUCAAGGGCCCGAUCCACAAAAGGGGCUGCACAGACAUUGUGUGCUGCAUCCUCUUUGUUAUUGCCAUACUGGGUUAUAUUGCAGUGGGAAUACUGGCCUGGUCCCAGGGUGACCCCAGGAAGGUGAUCUACCCCACAGACAGUCGAGGCCAAUUCUGUGGGCAGAUGGGCACCCCACUUGCAACCAAACCACUGCUGUUCUACUUCAACAUCAUGAAGUGUGCCAGCCCCAUGGUGCUGCUGGAGUUCCAGUGUCCCACCACACAGAUGUGUGUUGCGAAGUGCCCCGAAAAGUUCAUGACGUUAAUCAAAGCCUACAGCAACAAAGGGGACUUUAACUACUACAAGACCUUCUGCAAGGAAGGCGUGACUAAUACGAUGGGUAUACCAGAAAUCCUUAGGUUAGGUCUCUGUCCUGCCAUGCUGACCCCCAGCAGACCCUUCACUCAAAGGUGUUUCCCUGCUCUGGGCGAGAAAGGAGGGUUGAUAACUGUGGGGAACAACUCUCACUUUGAUGACGGAAGCGGAAAAAUGAGAGAUGCCAAGGAUCUUAUUGAUGGAGUCAAGAACGCCACUGUGGUUAUUGAGGCUCGUCAGGUGGUCAUGAAAAUCUUUGAGGAUUACACAAAGUCCUGGUACUGGAUCCUGCUAGGGUUGGUUAUUGCUAUGCUCACCAGCCUGCUCUUCAUCGUCCUCCUGCGCUUCCUGGCGGGGAUCAUGGUCUGGGUCAUGAUUGUCCUGGUGAUACUGGUCAUAGCAUAUGGUAUCUUCCACUGCUACAUGGAGUACGCUGCUCUGAAAGGAGAAGCCGGCUCUGAUGUGACCUUCCAGCAGCUGGGCUUCCAGACAGACUUCGCAGUCUACCUGCAGAUUCGACAGACCUGGCUGGCCUUCAUGAUUAUCCUGGCCAUUGUGGAGGUCAUUAUCAUCCUACUGCUCAUCUUCCUCAGGAAGAGGAUCCUCAUCGCCAUUGCUCUCAUCAAAGAAGCCAGCAGAACCAUCGGGCAUGUGAUGUGUUCCCUUCUCUACCCUCUGUUCACUUUCGUCCUCCUGGCCAUGGUCAUCGCCUACUGGGCAGUUACUGCUGUCUUCCUGUCUACCUCUAAUGAACCCAUCUACAAAGUUUUCAAUGAGACAGCAUGCGACCACUCAAGAAAAACCUGCGAACCCGCAAACUACACGACCAGUCUUGAGAAAGCGCAGUGCCCUGACUCCGAGUGCCUUUUCGCCUUCUACGGCGGAGAGACUGUUUACCACAAGUACCUGAUCGGCCUGCAGUUCUACAACGUCUUCCUCUUCUUCUGGUGUGCCAACUUUGUCACGGCGCUGGGACAGAUGACGCUGGCCGGGGCCUUUGCCUCGUAUUACUGGGCCUUCGUCAAGCCGGACGACAUGCCCGCCUUCCCCAUCUUUUCUUCCCUCGGGAGAUCUCUCAGGUAUCACACAGGGACUCUGGCGUUCGGCUCCCUUAUCCUCUCAGUCAUUCAGCUCAUCAGGGUUUUGCUGGAGUAUCUGGACCACAAGCUGAAAGAUGCCCAAAAUAAGUUUGCCAAGUUCCUGUUUUGCUGUCUGAAGUGUUGCUUCUGGUGUCUGGAGAAAUGUGUCAAGUUCAUUAACAGAAACGCCUACAUUAUGACGGCGAUUUAUGGCAACAACUUUUGCACCUCUGCCAAAAAUGCCUUCUUCCUCCUCAUGAGGAACAUGAUCAGGGUGGCUGUCUUGGACAAAGUGACAGAUUUCCUCCUGUUUUUGGGCAAACUGCUCAUUGUUGGACUCGUGGGGAUCUUUGCCUUCUUUUUCUUCUCUGGGAGAGUGAAGGCCUUUGAGGAUACCGCUCCACAUCUGCACUACUACUGGGUUCCCAUCCUGACGGUGGUGGUCGGCUCCUACCUCAUUGCACAUGGGUUCUUCAGUGUGUACGCCAUGUGUGUGGACACUCUUUUCCUCUGUUUCUUGGAGGAUCUUGAGAGGAACGAUGGCAGUGCAGAGAGACCCUACCUGAUGCCCGAGAGCCUCCGCAAAGUCCUGAAUAAGAAGAACAAGACGGAGCCGGCUCAGUGACCGUCGAGUCCUGAGUGAGGCUGAACUGGACUGUGUGUUUUGUUCAGUAGAAAACAGACUUGGACAAAAAGACCUAAUGCCAUCAGUCACCAGGAGCCUGCAGGUGACUUCAGUCAUCCUUUGUAUUUUGUUACUACCAAAUGUGUAACUCCCGCGUUCCUCAUGGAUCCGACACUUUCUCAUGAUGUCUGCGAUACAAUUCAGAGCGUUGUGGAUUUUAAACAUCCAAACACAUUUGUCUGUUGUAAACAUUUGUUAUCGAAGCCUUAUUUGAGCAUGCUUUGCUUUUUUAAUAUUUGUUAUAUGAACGUCUGCUUAAAUGUAAUCUACUAAAGUUGUUUGAUAUGUCUCUGCACGUUUUAUCAUUGAGUAAUCUUAUGUUAUAUUUGAAUACAUAUUUAACCUUGUUACCAAAGCCGUUGCACUGCCACUCGUGCAUAUUGAAGGUCAUUUCCAUCUCUUGCAUCAAGCACCUGAUGCUGUCGUGCAACUUCUAUCACCAUGUGUAUGGAGAGAAAUAUAUUAAAGCUCAAUUCAUAUUGUAAGUGAUGUAUAGAGUUAUCCUUUGCUAUUCAUUUCAUUAUUGUGGAGUUUAAUUGAGAACAUUUUUGAAAUAAACAUAGUUUUGUACAUAA